AUGUCUCCGUUCAAGUUUCCGGAUAAAUUCUCUGAGCAAAUCCCUCCACAACUGGUCAGUGAACAUACACCAAUGGACAUGUCCACUUUGACUCCAGGAUUUCUACUCUUGUUUGGAUCCAUCUGUCUUGGAAAAUCCAUUGAAGAGACCAAGCUAGUGAUGAACCGGGCUACAAAGUCAACGCCUGCCAUUGAACUAAAACGUCCCACUAGUCAACCUCGUAGAGCAGUCCAGUUACGAUCCGAAGAGCCUUCAUCAUCAGCUACAGCAGUCAUCACUUCGUGGGGCUUGGGUCACCCCGGAAUUUUCUAUGUCCAGGGUAAGUUCACUGUUUUCUAG